CUUACUUUUUAUUCUCACGGCCAAAACCCCCAAACACUGGCUUCUCGAUUUAGUUUCUGAAACCCUAAUCUCGUUCUCCUCGUCUUGAAUCCUCCUUGACACUCUUGAUUCGCCGGUCGUUUCUCUUCUCAACCGCGCCGCGAGUAUCACUACCGAAUCGACGACAAUGUCGAUGUCGAAGAGCUCCAAGAUGCUCCAGUUCAUAAACUACAGGAUGCGAGUCACAAUCCAAGACGGAAGACAACUCGUCGGCAAAUUCAUGGCCUUCGACCGCCACACGAACCUCGUACUCGGCGACUGCGAGGAGUUCCGCAAGCUUCCCCCUGGUAAAGGCAAGAAGAUCAACGAGGAGAGAGAAGAGCGCCGCACGCUCGGCUUGGUCUUGCUCAGAGGCGAAGAGGUUAUCUCCAUUACGGUCGAAGGACCGCCUCCUCCCGAAGAGUCUCGCUCCAAAGCGGCGGGCUCAGCAGCUGCGGCUCUUGCUGGUGGGCCUGGAGUGGGCCGUGCAGCUGGACGCGGAGUGCCUACGGGCCCGCUAGUUCAUGCUCAGCCUGGGCUUUCGGGCCCGGUUCGUGGAGUCGGUGGGCCUUCGCCGGGGAUGAUGCAGCCUCAGAUCUCUCGGCCUCCGGUUAUGAGGCCUCCGCCUCCGCCUCCUGCUUUUGGUGGUCAAGGUCUUCCUCCUCGAGGUCCUCCUCCGAAUUACGGUAUGAGGCCACCGCAGUUUGGUGGACCGCCGCCGCCUCAGUAUGGGCAGAGGCCUAUGGGUCCUCCUCCUGGUGGUAUGAUGAUGAGAGGUCCUCCUCCACCUCCUCAUGGGAUGCAGGGACCGCCUCCGCCUCGACCUGGUGGUUUUCCUCCGCGUCCCGGCAUGCAAGGACCGCCUCCGCCUAAUCAAUAUAAUCAGCAGCAGUGAUUAGGUAAAAGUUGAAACCUUGUUUAGGGAGCUUUGGAUGUUUCGGCGAACACAUUCAGCUUUUUGUGGAUGACGGAAGAACUUGUGGACGACGCAUCAAAAGACUAAAGACUAUUCGGAUUACGUUUUAUGUCAGGCUUACUGAUUUUGGAUAUAUAAAGUCAUUAUCUGUCUGAAGUCUCUUACUAAAGAAACUGUUUUUGUCUCGAUUUGGAAUUGUAGGAAUCUUGUCUCUUCCAAUCUUACUCUCGGAGGACCUGUUAUUAUUAAGCUGAUAAAUCGAAUUCUUCAACUUUUAUC